AUGCGGAUAAUUUAUACGAUUAUUACAACUCUUUGUCUAUCUAUGAUACCAUUAAGUACUGCUCAAAAGACGAUUCAGUGGUCAGGAUAUGAAUGGUUUUUAAAAGAAAUGCAAGGUGCUGGACCUGGCCCAAAUGAUUGGGAGUCAAACAACGUAUGGGUUGAUGCUGAUAACAAACUACAUUUAAAACUUCAUAAGUCACCAACAACAGGUGGAUGGACAUGUGCUGAAUUAUAUAGCAAAGUCAGAUUUAGUUUUGGAACUUUUCGUUGGUUUGUCGAAGGAGCAAUUGAUAAGCUGGAUACCAAUGUUGUGUUAGGUUUAUUUACAUAUGGAGGUAUUGAUGGUACAAAUGAAAUUGAUAUUGAAAUGGCAAAAUGGGGUCGAACAGAAUCAGAAGCAUCCAAUCUCUUCUACACAACUUAUCCACAUACAUUAGAUGUAGCUAAACCUGUUUCAUCUGGCACACGUAUAUCUCUUCAAGUCAACAUGGAUUUUUUGAAUUCAUUACAUGAAAAUAUAUUCUAUUCGUACACAACACCAAUGGCAUUCACAUCAGCUAUGCCUCAUAUUAGUGCUCCUCUUCAUAUGAAUUUAUGGGCUUUUCAGGGCAAACCACCUACUGAUAGUCAAGAGGUGGAAAUAGUUAUUCACGAUUUCAAAUAUAUUCAAGCAUAA